AUGACCAGGGCCAAGCGUCGACGUGUCGGCGCCACUUCUACGUUCAGCUUCUUUGAAGACACCGAAGAUUCGGUUGGUUAUCGUCACAUCUCAUACGAGAGCCACGGCACUUCCCUUCAUCGGUCGACACAAUCUAUUUUCCUUCCCCCAUCCUCAAGUCAACCUGCCGCCGAGAUUAUCUGGAACGACGACUACACCGAUGCCGAGCCAACACUGGGUGCAUCUGACUCGCAGGGCCCCCUCCCCGACCCCGGAAAUUUUGGAGACCUCGAUUUAGCAUAUAUCCAGGAGAUUUCUGAGCUCGACGUGGAUCUGGCCAAAAGGCGGAAUCGGACAGCUGCAGAUGAACCACUCUCCAGCUGGCUCCCAUUUCGACAGCAAUACCUUCUUCAACUCCUCAGGAAGGCCGGUCGCGGUCGGGCGCCUGACGACAUUGCUUGCCCUGGCUGCUCAGCCACCGCCGCCGAAGCAAUUUUCAGAUGUUUAGACUGUUUUGACGAGACGCUAUACUGUGAAGCAUGCAUCGUGAGCAACCACGGUCGGGUGCCAUUUCACCGGAUUGAGCGCUGGACGGAGGAGCUACACUUCGUCCCAGAGACUCUCAAGGCACUGGGACUACGCAUACAGCUAGGACACGAUUGGGGCAAGGUCUGCCUAAACCCUACUCGUGCGAAGGCCGACACGUUUGUGGUCCUUGACGUUCAAGGAAUCCACGAAGUUGGCCUUGACUUCUGUGGAUGUCAAAUUGCCCAACCGCUAACCGUCCAACUGCUACAACGUGGGCUAUUUCCAUUGACCGUCUCAACUCCACAAACCGCCGCCACAUUCCAGGUCCUCGAUCUCUUCCAGAUGCUGUCAGUUGAGGGCCAGGUAUCUGCGUUCAAAUUCUACAAGACGUUAGCUCGGUUAACUGACAAAACAGAAAUUGAUCCCCCUCGGGACCGUUACACUCAAUUCCUGCGCAUGAGUCGGGAAUGGAGGCAUCUCCAUCAGCUCAAGCGCUCAGCUCGUGGACAUGAUCCGGAAGGCGUCGAGAAGACGAAACCAGGUGAACUCGCCGUGCUUUGCCCAGCAUGUCCACAACCUGGUAUGAAUAUGCCAGAGACCAUUGAAGGUGACGAUUGGCUUCACGCGUUAUUCGUUGGAAUUGACGCUAACUUCCGUCUCAAACGGAAAAACGUCUCAAGCGACAUCGCGGAUCCCGGGCUUAGUCAAGGCUGGGGUUACUUUGUUGACGAUGUAUUGUACCAAGCACACGUCACGAACGAUGAAACGGCCGUUGAGAAGAGCUCAUGUGUCUCCCAUAAGGCUGUCAACGACGCAGACAAGCGUCCUGAAAAGGGGCUGAUAGUGAAUGGUGUGGGCACGGUUGAAUGCACCCGGCAUGAUUUCAAGCGGCCUUUAUCAGUCGGUGAUCUACGAUAUGGGGAACGAUAUGUGAACAUGGACUACCUCUUUUUCUCGAGCGUCCAGCCGGUGGCAUCGAAAAUCCCUCGAAUCAUCGUGUCAUAUGACAUUGCCUGCCAAUGGCAUAUCCAUUUGUGGCGCCGCAUGCAGUCUCUUCCCCCCCAUUUACAAUACACGGCACCUCAGGAGUCCGUGACAACACUCGUACCCAAGUUCCACCUCCCUGCCCACAUCAGUGUCUGCCAAGCGCAAUUCUCAUUCAACUAUACCCCUGGUGUAGGACGGACAGAUGGAGAGGCCCCGGAACGAGGCUGGGACUAUCUUAACCCCGCAGCCAAUCAAACCAAGGAAAUGGGCCCAGGGUCUCGCCGCGAGCUGCUUGAAGACUUGAUGAGCGAUAGAAAUUGGAAAAAGACUGUCGCAAUAGGGAAUACUUUGCUUCGACGUAUGAAGGAAGCAGUUCCCCAGUGUAGCGUCCACGUUGAAAACCACCGCGAGCUUGAGCGUCAUAUAGAGCUAGCAACGAUCCUGGAAUGGCGUGCCGUUGUGGAGGCAUGGGAGGCCGAUCGCUCAAGCCCCAAUCCCUACAUGGCAGAGACAACGUCAAUAUCACAGGACGCCAUCCGCCUACGCCUCGCUGACGUUGAAGCGGCUGCUCUUGCAGCUGGUACCCUAAACCAACUUCAUGACGAGGUAACACCCUCUAUGUACAUCGCCUCAGGAAUGGAUCUCGAACAACAGCAAUACCAACUACUGGAAUCUCUUGCAUCCCUCGGCCAACAUGCCACUGAUCGCCAGCGUCUCAUGGUCAUCAACCGCGCAAACACUCUGCGCAUGAAAAUAUCAAAUUUCUACGACGUCCAGAAGCUCUAUUGCCCAAGCGCCUUCUUGGUGGUCUCCCGGGCCAACGACUCUAAUCAGCUGUCCAACGCCACAGAGGACGUGGGCCGUCUGAACCUCUGCCUGCCAUCUAGCUUCAGAAUCAAAGCUGGUUGCUCCCAGGAAUUGCGCGAACUUGAAUGGGAAUUACGAUACGCUCAAGCACACGAUGCUCUGAAUGCCAUUCGGGCAGGACUCCACCUCCGAGUCUCGGUUUUUCGCCACAAGGAUCGUUUCGAUUGCGGCCAGCACGCCCUCACCCGUGCAAUGGGCAAUGUCUCAUGGGUGCAAAAUCAAAUCGAUGGGGCCGCCCAUCGCUAUCGCGUUGCUAGAACAGCCCUCUCUGUGCUCGCACGGUUUCUCACGAAGGAUGUCAGUUGGCGAGGGGAACUACAGGAACUCAAGGCGGAGGACAUUCGCGGACUUGGAGUCGCGGAUAUGGAUAACACCAGCGAAGGUCGCCGUACGAUAUCGUGGAUCUGGCGGACUGUUGGUGUGGACGGCGAUGAUGAAGACAGUGGCAGCCUCCAUAGCUCGCUUUGCCUGGAGUGGGCAAAGAGCCGUGCGCGAGCCUUACGAUGGGGUGAAGAGGUGCUACUCUUGAAGGAGGAAAUGCGCCGUGUCCUUGCCUUCCUUCGCUGGCAGGCGGAAUGGUGGGAGAGCAAGGAGCGCAAUGACGGUGAAGAUGCCCCCGAUGUCAUGACGGAGGGAUUAAACACGUACGCCCGGCGACAAGCUGCCAUUCGGAUUCGGUUGGCCGCGAGUUUUGCAACGAAGUGGGCUAGCAUCCCUGAUUUUUUAAAGCUGUAUAACCCCCUUGACCCCCAUGCAACACCACAAGCGGACGCCGCCGCGACCCCGUAG